ACUCAGAAUCUGUGCCAAAUGCGUAGCUAACAACUUAAUACUAGUACUGUCGUAGAUUGGACGAAAGUUUUCCUUGUUAAGACGAGUUUAGUGGAUAAAAUUUUUAAAUUCGUAAACUCUCUUGUGGCUGACAAAGUGACAGCCAUCAAGUUUUGGAUGUAAAUGUUUCAUCGUUCUACAACUGUACACGUGUGUUAUUAAGAUAAAAGUCAAGACCGAUGUUGGAACUUUUCCUAAAACAAGAUGACGUAAUGUAAACCUGUAGACUUCAGAAUUUGUUUCUCAGCCAAUAACAACAAGCUCGAGGAGAACCUUACUGGAUAGACCGAGUCGAGCUAGUGUGUCGAUCCGUCACUCGCAGGUUCAAUUUUUCUAGCAGUUGUGUUAAAUUACGUCGCGCCCUAAGAAGCGACUUGAAAGAGUGGCAGCAUAACGAUGACAAUAAGAAUCAGCAUGAAAGGUGCCACCUGGUGGUGGGCAUUGAUUUUUAUAACCAUAAUCGAGUGUUUCCCUGUCACCAGCGGAGAGCACUGCCCACAAGACAGUCAAUGGUUUCACAAUCAAAUGUUAAGUCAAGAAGACUCGGUGAAAAAUGGCGCCAAAGUAGAAAUUAUUAAGCUCUACUCCUCCAAAAGUGCCGAAGAUUGCCUAAGAGAGUGCUGCGAAAAGACAUACGGUGACUGCGUUGUUUCAUCAUACAUUCAGAAUCAGAGUGUUGUCAUGUGUUACCAUUUCCAGUGUUCUCCUGUAACUCAGUGUAGCUUCCAACCUUUCAACAGUGCAGAAUCUGUAAUGGUUUUAACAAAAAGUAUUAAACAUGGGCUUGGACAGAAUGAAUCUGUGGCAACUGCGUCAAGAAAACAAGUUGAUUUGUAUAGACAUCUAGAAGGAUCAGAAGGAGAUGGGAAGUUUUCUAAACCCAGAAAAGGGGUUAAUGGUAGCUUGUCGGAAUCCAGUAAAACUUUUAUUGAAGAUUCUGUUGACUAUCUUAGUCAUAUAAAUUUCUUUAAUAAAACGAAAAAUUCUGUUCAGCCAAGGAAAGGAGUUUCCUUUUAUCCAAAAAAAGACAUUUCUCAGAUUAACCAGAUUGAAGACAAAGAGGCCAAAAAUAACGUGAAAAACCACAAUAACGUAGUAACCGUUAACAUUAAGAAUGAUUCUGAUGUUUUUAAUUACCAAAAUAAAAUGAACCUUUUAGAUGUUUUUGAUGGAAAAAAGCAGCUUUUGUCGAACAACUUUACCACAAAAGAACUGGACCUGAUGACGACACCGAUGGAAAGUGACUUUCAGAAUCAUAAACAAAACGUGCUAGUUAUGACAGCCAAAAAACUGGUUCCUGUUGAGAAUAUUACCGAGCACAUUACGACAGAAGAUCCGGUCUUGGAAACAUCAGUGAUUGCACAUGUUAUGCGAAAUCCCACUUUCUCCAAUGAAUCACAAGCUAAUUACACUAGCUCAGAAGAGUCUGAUGACCUUGAGGAACCAAAAGUAAAACCUCCCCAGAACACAAAAGCGUCGUUUUCUGAGAAUUACAAGACCCACUUAGGAAAGGAGCAUAUACAAACCACAUCUCUUUAUAAAAACGAACAUAUACAAGUCACACCUCCACAUAAAAACGAACACGUUACUGGUAUGAUUCCAAAUGAAUAUACUACAGUUGCAGGUCACAAAGCGCUCCCACUACAAGACCAUAAAAAAGGAAAGAAAAUUACAGGAAACUAUUCAUCAGAUUCGUUAACAGACGGUAAAACGAAUCAAACAGAUGUAUUCGAAACUAUGGUGACAACAUCGAAUAAUGAAGGCGAGCAACCGAAGAUAUUGUCAACUUUCUCUACAAUUACUGUUUAUAGAAACGGCAUCAUACCAAAAUAUACUGCGCGAGUUCAUAACGUAGGUAAAAAGGUAUUUUCUGAUAAAGUUUAUGCAGAAUACACGCACGCUAAGAAUAGUUCUGACUACCGUGCUUUCCCCUCCCAAGAACAAUUGACUCCGCCUCUCUAUAUAAAGCACGCAAAUAUUGUUAAUGCUUCUAUUAAGCCAUCUCCAACCCCUUUCACAGACAAAUCUUCGUCCAUUCCUGUGACGUCUCACAGCCCAUCUCGUCCUGAAGACAAAAUUGUCCCAGUCGGUAGAGUAGAACAGAACAAGGUCUCCACGACAGAACAUUAUUUAAGACACAAAAACCAUACGUCCACGGCUCCUAGUAACUUUAAGGUGUCUCGAGAUUCGGUCCUUCAAACGUACGAUCCUUCUUCUGUUCAUCUUAUUAUUGCUUUAGUAUUAGGCUUGUUAUUGCUGUUUACCGUACUAGGUUUAGUAGGUAAACGAAUCUAUGACACGUGGCAGCGACGUCAUUACCACAGAAUGGAUUACCUGGUUGAGGACUUCUAUAAUAGCUAACUUAAUACUUUUAGAACUUUGUGGAAGCGACAAUUUUGGAAAUUAAAAGUAAAUUGAAAACAACCGCUUUUCUGAAGAUAUAUACCCCCCCCCCCAAAAAAAAAAAGAGGUAACCUAAAUAGUUAUAAUAACGAUUAUUUCUGUCAGAAUCUUGAGAUUUUGGAGAAUUUGUGUAGCAGUUUUUUGAACUUUUUUAAAGAACGUUUUAUUUUGCUUAAUCCACGUGUGUUUAUAGAUAUGUAUUGAAAUGCAUAGAUAAAAUUUGUUCAAAGUCAACCGGGAAAAAGUAGAGCACCAGAAAUAACUAGAUAGUU